CUACAGGGAGCGCUCGGAUCAGAUGCCCCUCGCCAGAGAGAAGCUAGCAAUCCUGGAAAGUACAGUUAACAGCCGCCCGGAGACUUUGAUCGGAGUAGAAGAGACAGCUCAGCAUAUCAUAACGAAGACGACGAGGCUAACCGAAGAGCCCUGCCAAGUGGAGGCUAGCGAGAACGAUGAGACUCAGGUCCGAGAAGUAACUCUCUACAAGGGGAAGGACUCUCUUACUAGGUUCUAUGGUUAUAGCUACCAUCGAAAUUUAUAUCAGCAGUUUGACCAACUUCGAGAGUAUAUACAGCAACUCAAAGCUCAAUUUCCAAACAUAAACAUAUUUAGAGACGAGAUUCAAUCUCUGAAAGUCACUGCUCAUGGCCCCAGAAGCCAGAUUAGUGGUACAAGCACUGCUACUGACUUGGACUUGAGGAGCUUAUUCCCUGUCCGAAAAUUGGCAGAUGAGCUCCUCAAUAUUUAUAUCACACGCUUCGAGGCCACAAAUCGUAUUCUACAUCUUCCCACCCUCCUCAAGGAGUAUAAUAAGUACUGGAACAGCCCUCAAACAACAACUGAGACUACAGUGACCCAACUCCUGCUCGCAAUGGCAGCAGCACUUAGCUUACGGGAGAAUUUGACUUUUGACCUCAAAGGGAGAGGCAGAGAUGCAAUAACACCGGAGACUGCUAUAAUAUGGAUACGAGCAUGCGAAGCUUGGAUCUCCACCAGCCCUUAUAGGCCUCGUCCGCAUUCUUGGACGAUGCUGGCUCUUAACAGCUUGUUGGCAAUUGCAAAGCGAGCUAAUCACAUUCAAGGGAAUGCAUUCUGGAUAGCCACAGGAGCAUUAAUGAGAUCAGCAAUGGCGGCUGGGUACCACAGAGAGCCCAGCGGCCUAGCAAACAUUUCAAUUUUCCACCGAGAAAUGCGCCGGCGGCUUUGGGCCACUAUAGUCGAACUGGACUUGCAAGCAUCACUGGAGCGCGGAAUGCCACCCAGCAUAAGAGAAGAGGAUUUUAACUCGCGGCCCCCUUUGAAUAUCAAUGAUGAAGCUAUCCAUGAAAACACCAAGGAAUCGCCGACGCCAAUGCCCCUUGACUUCUUAACUGAUACAUCAUUUCAAGCCAGCAUGUAUCGCUCAUUAGGGCUUAGACUCCGAGUAUGCGCUCUCAUCAACAACAAACAAGCCAGAACAGCGGAGUCUCUGUUUCGAGAAGCAUUGGAAAUAGAUGAAGAGAUCACGAGAGCAUUGAUGGCGAUUCCAACUACUUGGAUUCGCACACUCAAGAAGGGCAAGACUGGAAGCAGCGACAAGCAUUCUUAG